CUCAUCUCCACUUUUUGUGUAUAUAUUCGAUCUAAAUCUUCAAAACUCAUUUAAGAAUUUGAAAGAAAAGUUUUGUCAAAAAAAUCAGACGAAACCUUAUGCAAACACAUAUUCAAUGACAACCUUAUCAUCGUCAUCAACAUGUUUCUCGACGGCAGCAGAUCGUGUGGUAGUUAACGAAUACAAUCACACAGCUCCAUCUCUUCACACCGGCGGCGUCAUCUUCUCCGAUCAACUGGCCGGAAUCUCUCCCGCUCAUCAUGAUCAUGGCAACGAAGGAUCCAACGGCGGUACCCAUCUGAGCAGCCCAAUUCUAGGACUGUUCUUGCAGCAACCUUCGGUUGUGGAAAUCCCAAAAACGCCCUCCGUAUUCAAUUUCCCGCUAUUUGGGCAAAAUGGUCACUUCACAAAUAGCUGGCUGAAGAUGGAUCAAGCCUUAACUGCAAAAACUAACGACCCUUCCAAGAGUUUCACUGAUUUCUGGCAUGCCAACACCAGAACUCAGCCCCUGAAACACGCCGGGAAAAGGGCGAUGUCGGAUAAGUCGUUAUAUCCGACAGCGCGGCCUCCCGGUAAACUUUUCAGGGGCGUGAGACAACGGCAUUGGGGGAAAUGGGUGGCGGAGAUACGGCUGCCUCGGAACCGGACGAGGGUGUGGCUGGGGACUUUCGACACCGCGGAAGACGCUGCAUUCGCCUACGACACCGCGGCGUACAUGCUGAGGGGGGACUACGCCAACCUCAACUUCCCUGAGAUGAAGCACCGGCUAAAGGAUAGCUGCUCGAAUAAUGGCGGCGGAACCACGGCGGCCCUCAUCGAGGCCAAACUGCGGGCGAUAUCGCAAGGGGUUGUGGCCGGGACUCUGAGGAGGAAAGGUAGCAACACUACAAACAAUAAGGAGAUGAUGAAGAGGAGCGAUGAACGCCUUACUCCACCGCCUCCGCGGGCGGCGGAGACGACGGUGGUGGUCAAGAAAAGGAGAACCGAAGGGGCGGCGGCGGCGGUGCCACCCGAGAAUGAGGAAGGUGUUCAACUAAACAGAAUGCCGUCUUUAGACAUGGACUCCAUCUGGGCUGAGCUGUUAUUAGUGUCUGAUACUUAACCUCACAUCUUCAAUUCAGAUCCAUCUCCUUUGUCAUCUCGCCCAAGUCUCUAACAAUUCUUAGCUUAUUGCUUCGUAUAAUUCUUAUCACGUGUUAUUAUUACUAUACUACUAUUAUUAUUAUCAUUAAUUAUUAUCAUCAUCCUUAUCAUAAUUAUUAUCAUUAUCA